AAGAUUCGACCGGUUCAUGUCAUUAGGCACAGACUCAGACUAUGAUGACCGCGGUUCUACGGAUGAUCAAGAUGGAGCCACCGAAGCGUCUCCUUCCUCAGAAGAUCGUAGUUUUUAUGCCAUUUACGAAUCUAAAGAGGUGCUGGGGAGAGGCCUCGCUUCCACUGUGCGGAAAUGCGUAGAGAAGUCUACUGGACAGUGCUAUGCAGUCAAAGUAGUUGAUGUUUCCACAGAGAAGCAAACGGAACAAGAUGCACGACGUUUGAGAGAUGAAACGAUAUCGGAAGUGGAAAUUCUGCGACAAAUAUCCGACCACCCUUCCAUUAUCACUAUCCAUGACUUCUACGUUACACCUUCUUUCCUCUUCGCCGUUUUCGAAAUGGCACCAAAGGGAGAGCUUUUUGACCAGUUGAACAGCACGGUCACCGUCUCGGAGAAAAAAGCAAGAAAAUUGAUGCGGCAGUUGUUUGACGGUGUAGCUUACAUGCACAGUCGAGGCAUUGUCCACCGAGACUUAAAGCUCGAAAAUAUCCUGUGCAUUGAUGAUGAAAGGAUCGUGAUCUCCGACUUCGGGUUUGCAACGCGGCUGAAGAAGGGUGAAACUUUAAGAGACCUAUGCGGAACUCCUGGCUACUUAUCGCCUGAGAUACUGAGGUGUCAGAUUUAUUAUGUACACUCUAUUGGCGGGUUAUGCCCCAUUUUAUCACAGAAGCAGCUCAUCAUGAUGCGAAUGAUUCAAGAGGGACGAUAUGAGUUCAGAGCCGAGCAAUGGUCAACCAUCACUCAGGAAGCAAAGGAUCUCAUCUCUGGACUGCUGACUGUUCCCGUGGCGCAACGUUUGACAUCCGAAAAAUGUUUGCUCAUGCCUUGGAUGAAUCCUGCCGGUGAAGUCACUAACAAGCCAGACAUGCGCAAAUUGUUCAAACAGGCGAUUGUCUUGGUACGGUUCUUUUGCCGGCUUCAAAAAUACAAAUACCUCAAAUCAGUUGUCGACAGAGAAUCCCUCAGGAAGCGCCCCUUCAGAGACCGCGAUAUUCGACACGAGGCUGAAUCCGCGAUGUUUUCGGUUUAUGGACACUGGGUCAAUCGCGGUUUCUACUACUCAAGAGAUAUGCUCUUUGCUAACCAUCCUCGUCCAAAGUACAAGAAGGUGGAAGCCUAA